CCUCCCGCGGAAAGCGAAAGCGAAAGGGAAAAUGAGCGAAGGGGAGCGGGCGGGCGGGGAGCGAUGGGCUGCGGAGCGUGGCUGGCGGCUGGCUGCCUCCUGAGCGCCGUAAUCACAAGGAUCCCGAACAGCAUUGCCUCUGCAGACCCGGGGCUCAGGAGGAGCCUGCAACUUCCCUGUGUGUUUGAAAUGAGGAAAACCAUUCCCCUGUCCAACAAAACAGAGACCGUGCUGCUGAACGUCAGGCUGCUGCUGCCUACGGCUGGAGCACAAGGUGCUCUGAGGCCUUGGACUGAAAGCCUUCCUGCAGACAACCUGCCCUCGUUCAUUGUACAAGAGCCCUCAGUGAAUAUUCUGCAGCACGCAGAUGAGGAUAUCAACAUGCUUGACUGCAGGAUCAGCCCAUACUUUACAGCCAACACUCAGAUCCUCUGGCCUGGGCGGGAGGUCCGAGCCCACGGCAUGGACACCUGGUUCACUUGCACCAUAAAGCACACAGCUGGGAAAUAUGCAGCCACAGCCUUCCUUGUGCAAGGCCUCGAGGACAGAGAGCACCAAACUCCAGCACAGCUUCAUCAGGACAUCACAGAGCAGACACACGUGUCAGCGGUGCUGGCGGUGCGCACUCGGCUGCCCCAGGUCCGCACGGCGCUGGGGAAGGACGUGGUGCUGGACUGCGCCUUCGCCGCCGACCCGCGGGUGGACGUGGCGGUGCGGUGGGCGCUGCGGCAGACGGGGCGGCACGAGAAGCGCAUCGCCACCUCCAGCGGCGGCCGCGCGGAGAUGUUCCCGCAGGAGCCCCGCGGUAACGCGUCCCUCCUGCUCCGGCGCGUGGAGCUCAGCGACGAGGGGACGUACAUCUGCGCGGUGCAGGCGGCAGCCCUCGAGCUGGAGCAGGCGGUCCAGCUGCAGAUAACAGAAAAGCCCACAGUAACCGUCAAUGUUAACUCCCUGUCCCUGGUGGAGGGGGAGCAGCAGAAGUUGGUCUGUGACAUCCGCAACUACUACCCCGCGGACAUCCAGGUGCAGUGGCUCCGUGAGCCGCGGGGCGCCGGGCAGCUCCCCGACACCGUGCCCAACGUCCUCACCAGCAGCCACCGGCGCAGCAGCAAUGGCACCUACAGCUUCUCCAGGUUCUUCCUGCUGACAGCGAACCUGCACGACAACGGCCGCACCUACACGUGCCGCGUGGAGCACCCCAGCCUGCAGGCACCCAUCCGGAGGAGUGUCACCGUGGCGGUGAGAGAAGCGACCUCCACCACCUGGCUGCUGCUGCUGCUGCUCGGCCUCACUGGGUGCCUCGUGGCUGCACUCCAUCAAUUCCACAAAGCGAGGAGCACAACUAAGCCCAAACCUUAUUAGGCAUGAUGCCCUGCUGCUCAGCGAGGAACAGCCGCAGCCCCACGGGCUUCAGGCACCAUCAGCGGUGCAGGACAUCCCAGUGCAGGAGAGAAGGGGGCUUGGGCUGGGGCAGGCUGAAGGUGAUGGCUGUUGCUGAAUGUCAGUGUGGAUGAAGCAAUCCUUCCAGUUACUGGCAAAGGGGGGAGCUGCAAGAAUAGUUUUUGCAAUAAAGAUUGAUUAAGAGAACCCAAA